UGUCUGCAUCUCAUUAAGCGAGUCCCGCUGUAGGUGAAGCUGCGUCUCUCUGCCAUUCUGAAGCAGGUGUCCAACAUGGCGAACGCUCGCAGCGGCUCUCUGGCGACUAUUCUCUUUCUCUUCGUGUUUCCAGCGGCUCUUCACGAAGGAGUUGCACAGGAACCAGUGGUGAGUCAGAACCUGGUGACGGACGACGUGGCUGUGGUGGAGGGAGAGACGGCAAUCAUCAGCUGUCGAGUGAAGAACAAUGAUGACUCUGUUAUCCAGCUUCUCAACCCCAACAGACAGACUAUUUACUUCAGAGACAUGAGACCUCUGAAAGACGCUCGCUUUCAGCUGGUGAACUUCUCAGACAACGAGCUGCGGGUGUCGCUGUCUAAUGUCUCGCUCUCGGACGAGGGUCGAUAUGUUUGCCAGCUCUACACAGACCCCCCGCAGGAGGCCUACGCCGACAUCACAGUGCUAAUUCCUCCCGGUAACCCCAUCAUCGAGGCCAAAGAUGAGGUCCUUAGCGAGGGCAACGAGACGGAGAUGACCUGCACCGCCAUGAGCAGUAAGCCUGCAGCCACCAUCAGAUGGAUGAAGGGAGAUAAGGAGCUCAAAGGCAAGCCCAAAGUGAAGCUGACCUAUGACAGGAUGUACACAGUAAUCAGUCGGGUGGCGUUCACUGUCAGCAAGGAGGAUGAUGGCCUCCCUAUAACCUGCAUCGUGGACCAUCCUGCAGUCAAGGACUUCCGAGCGCGCAAAUACCUGGAGGUGCAAUACAAACCGGAGGUGAAGAUCGUGGUAGAAUUUCCUCAGGGUUUGACGAGAGAAGGAGAGAACCUGGAGUUGACAUGUCAAGCCAAAGGCAAACCCCAGCCACAGCAGGUGAACUGGCUGAAGGUGGAUGAUGAUGUACCGUCUCAUGUGGUUAUCACCGGUGGGGAUCUCUACAUCGAGAAUCUGAACAAGUCCUACAAUGGGACCUACAGGUGUGUGGCGUUCAACCCGCUGGGGGAGUCUUUCGACGACUACGUCCUCUAUGUCUACGACUCUCGGGCUGGAGAAGGAGCACCCAGGACGGUGGACCACGCAGUCAUCGGAGGAGUGGUGGCUGUGGUCGUCUUCGCCAUGCUCUGCUUGCUCAUCGUCUUGGGACGCUACUUUGCAAGACACAAAGGUACCUACUUCACGCACGAAGCCAAAGGAGCGGACGAUGCGGCGGAUGCAGAUACAGCCAUCAUCAACGCAGAGGGUGGCCACACCAACUCGGAUGAAAAAAAGGAGUAUUACAUCUAACCCUGAACGGGGGCCCCCCUCCCACCAUCGCUCGGGUGUCCUCGCUGGCACGCGGAGCCGUUUUCCCAGGGUUGGGGCAGGGUUUGACGGAUUCGCAUUGCUUUUAGUGAAGAGUAGAGGAGGGAUUUUAAAAGAAAGGCCUGGGUUUGCGCCGUUGUUUAGUCUAGUCUGCAGAUGUAGAUGGAAUGUUAUUUGUGUUUAAGAUAAAAAAAUAAAAUUAAAAAAAACUUCUUGGAGUAAAGCGAGUUGGGGUCUUGGGGUGGGGGUGGGAGGGAGCGGCAGACGUUGCCAGAAAUCACUGUAGAGAGCUUCACCGUUUAACUUUUCCCUAACUGCUGGUACGAAGUUUAUCUUUUAGUUCCACCAUUUGCAGAAAAUUCUGUGCCUUGUUCUGAAUUUGUUUGUUCUCUCCACACUCUACAUCCGUGUUGAUCAUCAUUUGCAUAACCUCGUUGCUCUUUUUUCCCUUUUUCAUCUUUUUUCCCACCACUUGUUAUUAUCAGCGUGCUGUCAGCUUUUGUAUGAGGGUAAAAUUACACAGCCACUUUAUUCAUUUCUCUAAAUGUGUCUGCACACAUGCUCAACUCCUCUCCUGCAUAACAAACACUCUUUCCAGUAUACUGUGAUUUGUCUCAAGCCAUUUCCGCUCUCUUUUUCCUCUGAGUUUCUAAAGAAGUAAUGCAUGGGGUUACUUUAUGUGUCAUUGUACAAAAAGCCUAAACCAGAACCAGGUUUGUUUUAUUGGACUCCCCACCACCAUCACUUUCAGAAAACACAAACAAAAUGAAGGUUGCAAAGGGCCUAGGAUCAGUUUGCCCCUUCACCCCUCUGUUUCCUUAUUCUGUGCCAACAUUUAGCAGUUUCAUCGCUUUCUAUGUCUAUUUUAUACCUGGAAACAAGCAGAUUCAUGUGCAUGAUCGGAAAAUGCUCAAAUCUCAUGCACACUUUAAUUUAUUCCUAUGUUUCUGUGUAUGAGACCCUAAUUUUAUUUAUUUUUAUUCUGAUCCCUGUAUUGAACGAUUGAUUCUGACCCUUGAUCAAAUUAAAAUAACACUAAGAAACCUCCAGUUGGUAGAUAUUAUUUAUUGCAGACACAGAGCCAUGUUUCCUUACAGUAUUCCUUGUAGUGACCACAAUUACCUCAAAUGUGACCUUUCACACACAUUUGACUGUCUCUUCCAAGUACUUCUGCUGGACAAAUGCCUCUGCUGAAUUUUCUGUGCUCAAUCAAAACUCUUAAAUACAUGUCAAAGUAUCUGAUAUGUUAAUGAUCUUGCUAACUGAGAAAUUCAAAUGUGCUUUUUAAAAUAAUCUAUUAUCAGUGGACUUUAAAUUGUGAUUAAUAUGUUAAACUCAGAAAUGAAAGUCCUUCUAUUCAAAUGUUUGAAACCUUGAAGGUGCAAGCAGCUCUAACAGGAGUUUUAUUCAUAUUUUAUCACCAAUGAUGGUUUUCAUUCUUCUCUCUGUAGACAAUGUGGUAGAAGAGUAGAAUCUAAUUAUCAGUUUAAUUAGCAUGUUACGCGACCUAACCACGUGUUACGCGACCUAACCACAUGUCGCAAUUUGGCCACUUCUCCCAAAGACCGGGUCUGCUCGAAUUGUUUGGGAGAAAUGUUUUUGUUUGCAAUUUGGUUCUUGAGUGAUAUAAACCAUCCGAUCAUUGCGAUAUAAUCAGCUACUGCCUCUCUGCCACUGGGCAAGCUUCAGGUCUGAACAACAGAUAUUGUGCUGAGAUUUUAUUGUCGCCUGAGCUAGGAAACAGGGCACUGAGAACCACAGGUCAAGAGACCCAGUCUGUCUAAAAGGUGAUACAACCAAAUCCAGACCACAGCAAGGCAUUCUGCUGCUUCUGGUUAGGUAGGUCUGAUCUGAGAAACUGAUCUGACUAGGUGUCUACAAAACCCUGAAUCCCUCUGAUUUAUUUUCUUCUUCCAAAUUAUUUCAUAUCAAAUUACUGUUACAUAUCAAAAUCCCAUGUAAGGCCGUAAAUACCCUUUCUUUAAACUCCAGAGAGAGACCAAUAAAACAUAGGUUCAAAUUAAACUUUAAUCAGCCAUGUUAAUAUUUUUAACAUAAAUGUUUCACUUAGAAAUAGACUGCGUAGACUGCAGAGAAAGAUCAAACAUAAUGCAAAACCAGCAAAAACAAGCGCAUUGAAGUGCAGACCAAACCUGAUCAACUUGCCAUUUUUGGGCAGCAGUAAAUAUUUUGCCUCCAUAGAACACAACUGUGUGGUUCACUGAGAGGUGAUGCAACAAGAUCCGGACCACAGUAAGGCAUUCUGCUUCAUUUGCUAAGAUGCUCUUACUGUUUUUUUUAUUUUUCCUUUGUCAAAAUUAUAAAUUUAUUGUUAAGAUCUUUGUUUUAUUUUGUUUCCACUUUUUACUUCAGUAAAUCUGAAGGAAAUGGACAUUAGUGAAAUAAACAAAAAUCUGGAUUGCAUGCAAAUAAUUUAGUUGGUGAAACGAAAUGUUAAUUUUGACGACUAUCUAUAACCUCAUCUCUUUUUUAAAUGCGUGAUGAAGCCAUCUGAUUGGAAUAGGUAAAGAAUUCAUCCUUGAGGACUGGCACUCGGGUACAAAAUGAUGCAUAAUCAGUGUGAAAAGACCCAUUGCAGAGGGCUCCUUUUAAUGUCAGAAAAGAUUUGGGUGCGAAACGACCAAAACUCACAGGUAUGAAACGGUGAAGGGGCAAAAUGACCAGAACCCUUGCAAAGACAAACACUAAAAGAAUUUUUCCAAUAUUAUCAUGCUUUUUAAAUUACAUUAGAUAAGUGCAUUAUUGUCCUUGAUUUACUGACAUUUCAUUUAAGGAAAAUGUCCCCUCGUUCAGAAUUAUUAAAAUGCUUCUACCUACCAGCUUUUACUGAAUUACAACGAUCAGUUUGACUUUGUUUGCAUUUUCUCACAAUCUAAAAUAUACUUUUUCAGCUAAAUGGGGAAAGUAAGAAAAUGCUAAUUUCCUUAGUUGGUAAAAAUAAAUGUCCUGUGGAAGGGGGAGAUAUCUGGUUUUAAUGUUGGAGUACAGGAUGUUGGUGUUGUGUAUAUUAGUUGAAGUAGUAGAAAGGACAGCCUUAACCAGUUUUAAACUGAAACACCUGUAAGUUUGACUUUCACUGGAGCUUCAAAAUCUAGAGGGCGUCCAUCUAUCUGUUCAUAUAUUCUCAUAAACACAAAAUGUAAAUGAAGCCAGUGAAAUCACAGCUGUAAUGUACACUAAUCCUUACUCAGAAAUAUUUUUUAAAACUUACUAGAAUAACAACUGAACACCUUUGUUGGUUCUAUUGUAUCAGUUAUUGUACGUUUUGUCAAACGGAGGGAGAACUGACCGGCUCUGAGAGACACAUUUCUUGCCCCAUCCUCCUCAACAUCCACGGUUUAGCUUUGUCCCGGCGGCUUUUGAAUGCUUAAAUAUUUCACACGUUUUGCAUAUCUGUAUCUUUGCUUGGAUCUGUUCAGUUCAGCUUCAGCCUCAGCAUCACCUGCCAAAACUGAACCAGAGUCAGUUUUGUCGUGCCAGCUAAGGCGCUCUGUAUAAUGCCAAAAGUCAUUGUUUGCUUAUAAUAAAACUUCCUACACAUGUUGUUCCAUGCUGUUAACCCAUUGUUUGCAUCGGCACCCUGGCUUGUUAACAAUGCAGAGGGCCUGUUGUGAUUACUGUGUACACACAGCAAGCAACACGUUUAAUGAGUCCUGGACUGAUGUGGGUGGAUUAAGGUGGAGGUGGGUGAGGGUAUCUUCCAGUGGGAAUUUUUGACAGUUUUCACUCCUGUAUAUGCUCCAUAUUGGUCGGGUCAGGUGUUGAAAUAUCAUCUGUAUGAAUGUCAUAUUAAUUCUGAGCUUUUAUUCUUUUAUUUAAAUUAUUAUUUUUCCAGAGGGAAAUUAUUUAACGUCGACCAAAAUCAGUGACUUUAAGGAAAAAAAAAUUAGCUGCACAAGUUUGAGUUUGUGGAUUUUAUUUAAUCCAGACACCAUAAAAACUAUACAUAUAGGCUCAACUACUUAAAUCAUGUGAAAAAAUGAAUGACUCCCAAGAAAUAUUCAGAUUUUCUUAGCUAAUAUUAAUAUAGUGAUAUCUACUCUUUUUUUCUCUGGAAAAGAAAGAGAUUUAAUUACAGAUAAACACCGAGAAUGAACCUUGUUCAUCUUGUUAAACAAAGAUAUGAACAAAAAUGUUUUUACCAGCUGAGAAAAAAUGUUAGGACACCCUGUCCCAUGAUAGCUAGUGCUACCCCUUACAGUGAUACACUUUGUUUAGCCAUCUACCAUUCUCAUAUUUCCCUCCAACACCCUCUGAUACUCAGUGGUAUUCAUGGUGGAUUAUAUGAUGGUGGGCCAGACAGGUCCUGCUGCAGCAAAUCCUUCCUAGACCCAGACACACUUCCACCUCCAUGCUUGACAGUUGGUAUGAGGCUAUUUUCUUGAAAUGCUCAAUUUGGGUUAUGCCAAACAUGUCCUCUGUUCUGUGUCCAGAUAAUUUGGUUUUGGUCUCGUCAAAAGAACAUUAUUCCAGAAGUCCUGGCUGUGGUCUAUGUUCUCUCUUACAAACCUCAGUCUGACCUUCAUGUUUUUCUUAGAGAGCAAAGUUUGUAUCCUUCCCUGGAAAGUUAAACUUGUUUAGUCUAUUUCUGAUUGGACAGGCAUGAACUUUCACCUCAACAGUAGUAAUAAGUCCUGUGACAUUUUAGUGUUUUUGAAGACUUCUUUUAGCAUCUAGCGGUCUGCUUUCAGGGUAUUGUUAUAACUGAUAUUAAAUACCAAUAUGUCUAAAAAUGUUAGAAAAACACACUUUAAUACUUUAAUAGGGUGUCCUAAUUUUUCACAUGGCUGUACGCAUUAAACAUUCUCAUUGCCUUAUUAUCAAACCUUCUAACCUCUCUCAGCUCAACAGACAUUAUAGUGAUGUGGGGCAAAGGUAAUGCCAAUAAAUGAUAGGAAACAACAUGUGUUUAAGAUUAAACACAUCAUUAAACAACAAAACCUUUAGUUUGACAGCAGACGUUGGUCUAACUUUGAAGUUCAAAUAAAUGAUGAAACACUUGGCCCAUGUGCACAUGCAGUACUGUACAGCAACCAGCUUCAGUAUUUUGCAGAGAGUCCUUUAGCAUUUAGGAUAGCAAACAUUUUUGCCAAGUGUCGACACGCUCCUAAUGCUUCUCAGUCAGUCUUUGCCCAGUCAUUCUUCAUGUGCAAAAGCCUACAGUCCAUUGUUCCUUGAUAGCCUCUUUAAAUGAACCAAGAACCUUCAAUUUAAUUUUAAUCUUUUAACUGAGAAGGCCCCAACAGGACAUUCCAGGAUCCUUUCCUCAACCAAGCUUUGGUUGACCUGGAGACUUGCUUGGGAUCACUGUCUACCAGGAAAGUCGGAUGAUGACCAAGGUUUAAUUUGUCAGCAGAGGACACAAUGCAGAUGGUCAGUUCCUGUUGCUGAUAAAUGAUGUAAUCAGUGACUCACCUCAAUGCUUAACCAUGGAGAUGGUGUUCUUCUGGUCAGAGGCCUGGUCUUUAACAUGUCAGACAGGUCCAGUGUGGUUUCAUCAGUCCAUCAAACUGUCUCCAAAGAUUCCCAAGCCUUAUCCAAACUCCUUCUAGCAUGUUCUAGUUGAAUUAUCCAGCUCCUCAUAGUCAGGUCAUCUUAUAAAUGCCACUGAAGCACUUGUUCCAUCAUUCAUCAGGUCGUCCUGCAGGAGUUUUGAGGUCACAUGAAGGAAUUCUCCUAGUUCUGCUAAAUAUGUUGCUAAGGGAUCCUGAUGGGAGGAGUGAAUGCUGCAAGUCACUGACUGGAUGCAAUCUGCUGGGUUUCCUUAGAUAGAAAAACUUUUUAUCCAAUUUGAAUAAAUAACUAACUCUGACUGCACUGUUCAAUGGUUAGGAUUAAUUGGAAUGUAUGUACCUGACUGUUGUGAAGUGCCUUGAGACAACAUGUGUUCUGAAUUUGCGCUAUAUAAAUAAAACUGAAUUGAACUGAAUUGAACUGAUGAAAAUCUGGGUGUUGUUCAACAGUCACGUCACGCAUGUUUUCAGAUGUUGCUCAAGUUUUAAACUUCCCUUUAAUACUACUAAUGGCAUCUCUUGAAAUGUUUAAGUUUUGGAAAUAUUUUUUAUAGCCAGGGCCCUUUAGGUGGGAUGAAAUGCCACCUCAAUGUUUUGGGUUUCCCAUGAUUGCAGCUCAGUUUGGGUGGAGUUUAUGUAUGCAUCACAGCUGAAGCACAUUAAGGAUCACAAUAGGGUUCCUAAACACUUAGUAAUGUUUCAUCAUCUUCAGGCCAUAAAAACAAUAUCGUAUAGGAGAAUAAUUGUGUCAUGGCUAUCUUAAUAUAUAUUAUUACAUACAAACACUAUACCAUUCAGUUAAAUCAGAAUAUUGCUCUUUGAAAAGCUUAAAUCCUUAAAUAUUUGGGGACUGAAUUUUUUUAAAUUGCAACACAAGUGUUGCUUAUGGUAAACGGAUAUGAAGGCAACUAUUGCCAUCAUUGUGUCUGAGAUCAUCUCUCCAUUUAUGGCUCAUUUUUAAAAUUUAUUUGCACUGUAAAUAUAACUACUGAUUUGUUAUUAUUGUUAUAUUUUACAGUAUCUGUUUAUCAUCAGUACACACUGUGUAUACAUAUCAGUCGAAUCCACUGAAAAACCUAGAAUGAAUACUACUGUUAGUGUCCUGUUCGGGAAACUGAAACAUUUCUUGUGUUGCUUGCCGUGUGUCCUCAUAUCUGCCACUUGUUUUAACAUUUAAGCAUUUCAUUGUAUUUUGUAAAUGUGAAUCAUAUUAGCUGUGUGAUAGCUUUAAUAUAUCAUCGUCAUGCUUGAAGACAGCGUUCAGGCUUUCUAUUUGGAGGAUUUGAAGCUGAGGUUUGUCUCGCAGGAACGAAUGAGGGCUUUUAGAAAUGCAUCCUUUCUUUAAACAUGCCCCGUCUGUGCUUAAGGAAUGUGGUCUGCAGCCCUAGAAAAGAACAGUCAGGUUAGCUGAAGCUGGGAGUUUAAUUUUGAGCUUUUUCACUGGACGUGUACAAAUUAGUUACACACAGGUUUCAUGCGUUAGAUUUAAUAAGUCACGUAUAAAUCACCACCAUGUUCACACUGUAUGCUGACGACACUGUUUUGUGUUUGUGUACACUGGAUGGGUGGGGGUAGGGUAAAGGGUACUGAUAAAGUUAGAUGUUUCACGGUGUCUGAAUAAAAUAUGACAAUUAUCUGACUGGUUAUUGUUGCUUUAUGGAUCACAGAGCAGAUUUCACUCCAUCGGUUAGGCUGCAACUUUGUGAUUUGUAUUCUACAGUGAGCACUGUUUUGCUUCCUUGACCAAUGGCAGCUUCCAUUUCGAUACUUGUCAAAACAGGAGCAGAAGGGGAUCUUGUAUUCUCCCUUAAGGCCGAUACGCUGAUUAUGACUUUUUCGUUCUCCCAAAACUCCAAAAACAUGGAAAAAUAACAUUUGCGUGUGUUGAAAUUGUUUUAGAUUGGAGUACAUGACGCAAUAGGUUACUGUAUACAUUUAUUUUUCUGGAUAUUACCUGUAAAUUAAAUAAAUGCACCAUGCACAUACAUUAACUGAGGUAGUUUCCUGCACAUUCAGUUCCUUUGAUAAUGUCCUGUCUCAGGUUCAGGUGUUGCUGACCGAUGUGACUGCAUCUCAGGUAGAGUGCAACGUUUAGGCCCCACCUGUCGACAACAUAGAAGCAUGUACAAAUGCAUUCAUCAAGUCCAGAAGUGCAAACUCAUUCUUUUUACGUACAGAUUUGGUGAGAUGUUUUACAUAUACAGUAUGUUGUACAUGUUUUAUGUCUUUUUUUCUUAAUAUUUGGUGCACUGUAAAAAUUUGUUAAAUAUUGUUUUUUUUCAUAUCAUACGUUUAUUGGAAUGAAGCAGGAUCAGAAAUGUGUUGUGGCUGUACUACUGUCACUGAACGCUCCACCGCCUUUUCAAACUCCUAUGAUUCCCAAAAAAAGGUUUGAUUGUUCAACCCAGUUCUUGUUUUCAGAUUGUUCUUUUUGUCUCUCUGCUGUACUUGAGAAAAAUGUAAUGUGUAUUAAUGGAGAACAGGAGUUCCACAUUCCCAUACACAUUUUGUAUUGGUUCAUAAAUAGACAUUUUUACAAAACAAUGAAGAGUUCUUGUCUUAAUAAAAGAGAAAAGAUAUUAAUGUCCAAAAUAA